UUAACCGGGGAUGACGAGGGCAGAGUGAGCGGGUAGUACACUGUACUCUGAUGUCGGUGGCAGAUGCUAGUGGUACAGAAGGACGACGGAGUCCGAGUCCGACGCUGCAACAACGCUUGCUGAAAUUGCUAUCACUUUACAAUUAUCAUCUGAAGAAAAACCCAGUUGUCACCAAAUCAGUGACGAAUGCUCUUCUAACGGGACUUGGCAACUUUGCAGCACAAAAGAUUCGCGGGCCAACGGUACAAUGGAGGAGCGUGGCUGCUUUUUCAACGUUUGGGCUCGUGUUUUCUGGUCCUUUAUUUCAUCAUUUCUAUCUACAAUUGAAUAAGGCGUUUCCUCCUAAGUCGCAACAAGCUGUCGUAAAGAAGAUUUUUGUUGAUCGUGUCGUGUUCGGUCCACCAUUCUUUGUCUUGUUCUUCUACGUCAUUGCAUUGCUGGAGGGAAGAGGUUUCGCUGCCGCAUGGCAGUCGGUUAAGGAUCUGUUGUGGCCUGCUUUGAAAAUGAGUUGGAAGGUGUGGACAGUUGUGCAGGCGAUCAACCUGAAGUACGUUCCUGUGGAGUACCAGGUCUUGUUUACCAGUCUAGUUUCAUUCUUAUGGACAAUUUAUGUGGCACUGCUGCGUUGAUAGCUCGUGUUGAUUCAUUUGGGCUGCUUAACAGUAAGAACUUAACCUUUUGGUUGCAGUAUGGUGUAUACCUGGAAAUCAGCAAGACGUUGCCUGAUAACCUGUACUACUAUUAUGCACCUUACAAAACUUGGAUAAUAGUUUUGUUGCGGAUAAUAGUUUUGUUGGUGACCACAAGAGUCUCUUAAUCAAAUGCAGGUUGC